UUCCUCUUUAAUCUCUCUCUUCACAAACCUAUAGCCAUGACUGGUGAUGCUUUUCUUCUUCACCCAACCCCAACCAUCACCUCCAAUUCCAAUUCCACUAACCCCAAGAAACCCAAAGACAAAAAGAAGAAGAAGAAGAAGCGUGGUGGCAGCAAGAAGAAGAUGACUGCUGAGCAGAGUCUCGCUUUCAAAUCUGUAACUGAAUGGGUGUAUUUGGACCAACACCUCAACACUAACAAUUCCUCCUCUGCUUCUUCUUUUAUUGUCGAUGAUUUUGGUGUACAAAAGAGUCUUGGAAGAGGAGUGGAGAAAGUGAUGUUUGAAUUGCAUUCACAUUCCAAGUUUAGUGAUGGAUUCUUGUCGCCUUCCAAGCUUGUUGAGAGAGCUCAUGGCAAUGGGGUGAAAGUUCUAGCUCUGACAGAUCAUGACACACUGUCUGGUAUACCUGAGGCCAUUGAAGCAGCUCGCCGUUUCGGGAUCAAGAUUAUCCCAGGCGUUGAAAUCAGCACAAUUUUCUCUCCAAGGGGGCUUUUUUCGGUGAAAGAAUUCAGGAAGAGCAGACUGAAAUUGCUUUACUGGUGCCUGGUGGUUGACUGUGGUGGUGACGUGGUGUUGCUGUGA